AAAAUCCCAAUAGAGGUUUGUGAGGAGGUGCGGAGUGCGGAAGGCGAUGCUCAGGCAGCUCAGCUGGCCAGAGGCAACAUGUCGGUCGUCAGCUGCCUCCGUGCGGGCUCCCUCCCCUUCAGGAGUGCCUGCACCCCGGCACAAUGCUUGGCUAUUAUUCGGCGCGAGAUGGGGGGGCAUGGCCCCAGGAAAAUGGUCAUCACUCCAUCUCGCUGGCAGUGGCACAAGUACAAGGACAUGCUCCACUUCUACACCAUGCUCGGCGUCAUUCCUCUUGGAACAUUGGUGUUUCUCGUAAAUGUGUUCAUUGGUCCUGCUGAGCUGGCUCCGAUCCCAGAAGGCUAUACUCCAAAAUAUUGGGAGUAUUACUCGCAUCCAAUCUCAAGAUUCUUGUCUAGGUAUAUGUGCACAAGCCAUCAGCAGGACUAUGAAAAGUACCUUCACUUCAUGUAUGAUGAAAAUGAGAAGAAACAGAUAAGGUUGACCGAGAAGAAGGUUCGUGAUUUAAUGUCAGAGCGUGGAGAUUCAAAGGCAAUGUACUACAGGCCAAUCCUUACAAGAUACCACCGUAUGGUCCGAGAUGAGUAUGAAAAACUGGAACACAUUAGAGGUCAAUAAGCCUCUUAUUAUUUUGUUCUUCCUUUUUUCUACUUGGCCUCUACUCAAAUUCUGUAGGAUAUAAAUUUGGUUUUGAUGUAUAGUGGAUCUUGAUUGAGUUAGAUCUUUUAAAGUGGAUUGCUGGUUAACAAUAAUUUAAUAAUCUAGUGCGUAUGAGCAUUAUGAUUGCUGAUUGAUAACUUGGGAUGGAUAUUAAUUAUAUUUGCAUUUAAGUGGAUGUAAUUAACAAGACCAUCAUAAGUCAUCAUGUAUUCUGUAAAUUGUAAAUAAAAUAUUUCUUUACAUUAUGA